AUGAACACAUUAAAUGGGGAAAAUCAGAUAAGUUAUGAAUAUAAAUGUAGAAGAGAGGAAGAAUAUCGUUGUUUUGGUGGUUCACAACGUAACGAACGAUCAGAUAGAGGGUAUCAUGGGACAUCAUAUAAAAAAAGAAUUUAUGAAGAAGGACCGGGAGAACCAAAUAUUCAGGUUAUUUUUCAGGGUCUUGAGUCUCAUAUUAUUGAGAUAGAUAUUCAAAGAGCGAUUGAAGAACGAGGUGGACAGAUAGAAAAUGUGAUUUUGAUACGUAAUAGAGAGACAAGAGAAUCGCGUUGUUUUGCAUUUGCGAAGUUUAUUUCUCUUGAACAUUCAAAGCAAUUUAUAGAAGCAAAUUAUCCAUUUUUAUACAUAGGAAAUCAUCGGGUUAAGAUAUCAUAUAGUAAAGAAAAUAAGUGGGAGGAGGAUGGAUGGAUUUGUUUUAGUUGUGGAAUUAAUAAUUAUCCUCGCCGAGAAGUUUGUUUUAAAUGUGGAAUACCGAAGCAGGAUGUGACGGUUGCAGGGAAUUUGACACAUUCAGCGCCAUUAGUAUUGAAUGAUGGAAGUCAAGAUAUAGCAACUACACCUUCACAGUUUUUAUUAUUAAGAAAAUUGGAUCUUUUAACUACAGAAGAGCUUAUUGUUAAAGGAAUGGCAAAGCUACAAGUGCCAAUUGUACGAGUGCUUUUGAUUCGUGACCGAAUGACACGUCAAAGUUGGGGAUUUGCAUUUGUUGAAUAUGCAGAUGUAAAUGGAUCUAAAAAAGCUUUGGCAAAUGCUAUGAGCCUUACCUCAAACAAAGGGUUUACUAUUUCAUCAAAAACGAUCGAAUUAUCCUUUAUUCAUGGCGGUGUUUUUGUUCCUGUUUAUGAUCAAAAAAACGAAUUUGCAUUUAAAUCGAGUAAAAAUGGUCAAUUGCUUGCGUAUUGGGAUGAAAAAGGAUUUACAUCAGAAUAUUGUCCAGAAUCACAAAAAUCGAAAGAUGAAUCAAAUGCACUUCCCGGCGAAAUAAAUGUUUCUAUAGGAUCUAACGCUACUUGUUCGGACAAUAUUGUCUCUAUGAAGGAACCCAGUUUUUCAACAAAAGAUGCUUCAACUAGUUUAAAAAGAGGUGUGAAUACCGUAUGCGAACAGAAAAAACAAAAAAAAAGAUGUGAUAAUUCAUCAAUAAAGAUGGCACCUCAUUUGCAGAAAUGGGCAGUAAAGCAGCAAGAAUUACGAACAGGACAAGUUGAAAAUGAAAAAAUAGAUGAAAUCUUUUCUGAUUUAAAUCUUAUGGCAUGCUUACUUUGCCAAAGAAAGUUUAAAUCAGAAAAGGAAAUACGUCAGCAUGAAAAAUUAUCCGAAUUGCAUAAGAAAAAUUUGACAGAUGAAGAUCUCAAAGCACAAGCCAGACAACGUUUAAAGAAAGUUUCUACAAAAAAAGAUACUGAAGUAGAAAGUUUAAAUGAUAGUAAUUAUAGAGAUAGGGCUCAAGAACGUCGUAUUGCAUUUAAUCAGCCUUCGAAACCAGAUGUUCCAUCUCAUAAUUCAAAGAAAAAUAUAAUAAACUCAUCUCCAAAGAUACCAGAAGAACCUGCAAACAUAACAAAAGGAAAAGGUGCUGCCAUUCUUGGAAAAAUGGGAUGGACAGAAGGAAUGGGUUUAGGAUUAGAAGGUAAAGGUAUUUCCAAACCACUUAAUCCAGAGAUGUACCAAGAAGGUGCUGGUCUUGGUUCUCUAGGAGCAAAGUUAGGAGAUAAUCCACGUCCAAGUGAUUAUGCUGCUUAUGUUCGAUCGGUUAAAGAUCGUGCUAAGCGAAGAUAUGAAACGGAGGGCCUGUAA